AAGAAGAACUUGCCCAUUACAAUAUUAUUAUUAUUAUUUCUACGCAAUUCAUCAUGUGUAGCAUUCAGUCUAUUCCUUCACUCGCCGCUUUUCCAAAGAUGGCAACAAAUAGUCCAAGCUUUUCCAAGUUUUCCAUGGCUUCCACCUUGGUCCAUUCUGAUUCUAAAGAGGCAAGAGACCUGAAGAAGGUGUCCUAUGCCAAUUCCAUGGCCCCGGAAAAGGCUGAACUAUUCAAAUCAAUAGAGGGUUGGGCAAGAGACAACAUUUUGCCUCUACUAAAACCAGUUGAAAAAUCCUGGCAGCCUGGAGACCUUCUACCGGAUUCGGCGUCGGAGGGAUUUUUCGAACAAGUUAAGGAAUUGAGAGAGAGAGCAAAGGAGCUUCCAGACGAUUACUUGGUAGCUAUAGUUGGGAAUAUGAUAACAGAAGAGGCCCUGCCAAUGUAUCAGUCAAGAGUGAGUACGGCAGAUGUAUAUCGUGAUGAAACCGGCAGGGAUGAGACUCCGUGGGCGAUUUGGAGUAGAGGAUGGAGCUCUGAAGAGAAUCGCCAUGGAGAUCUUCUCAAUAAGUAUCUGUAUCUUUCAGGAAGAGUUGAUAUUCAACAGGUGGAGAGGACUAUCCACUACAUGAUUUCUUCAGGAACAAAUUUUGGCUUUGGAGACAACCCUUACCAUUUUACAGUUUACACAUCAAUACAAGAAAGAGGAACUGGUAUAGCUCAUGGCAACACAGCCAAGCUUGCUCUAAAACAUGGAGACUCAAAGCUAGCUCAAGUAUGUGGCACAAUUGCUGCCGAUGAGAAGCGCCAUGAAACCGCCUAUAGCAGGAUUGUUGGAAAGCUCUUCGAGCUCGAUCCUAACGAAGCAAUGGUGGCAUUUGCCGACAUGUUGAAAAUGAGAAUAAUCAUGCCUGGAGAUUCAAUGUACGAUGGUCAAGAUGAGAACUUGUUCAAUCAUGCCACAAAUGUUUGGAUGCGAACGGGCGUGUACACGAUUACGGAUUAUAUUAAUAUCUUGAAACAUUUUCGGAGUCUUUGGAAUAUCGGAAAACUUGAGGGGCUUAAGAGUGACGGGAAAUUUGCCCAAGAUUAUAUUUGUGGGUUGCCUGAAAGGGUGGGAAAAAUGGAGGAAAGAGCCAUGGCUAGGGCUAAACAAGCACCAGCAGUUCCAAUUAGCUGGAUUUUUAAUAGAGAAGUAUAGCUGUAUCCCGGCUUUGAUGGAGUUGACUUGAGAUCGCCAUAAUAAAUUUUACGUGUGCUUCAUUGUCACAUUUUAGAAUAAAAGGAGGCAAUCGUAACAAUUUUAAAUGCCAUUUACGAAAAGAAAUAAUAUCCUAUACUUUUAGGAUUAGGCAUGCCAAUCUAUAAUAUUAUAUAUAUUUUUAUUUUUUAA